GAACUCUUUUCAAUAGGGUUUUUUCCACCCCCAUCGCCGUCCUGCGUCGCUCUCGGCGUGAGGUUCUGAGGCGAUCCGAACACCGCGAUUAAAACCAUUAAAUAUCUCAACUCGUGAACAAGAAGCAAAUCGUGACCGGGGGGAGUGGUGCGACCACUUGGUGAGGUGACGGUUUACAACAGCUUUGCUCUGAAAUUACAGAACCCUCUAACUCUGGACAUAAGAUGGCUGUACAACCUGACUUCAUGGAGCUAGACAUGGCAAUGGAGCCUGACCGCAAAGUGCAGGUGACCCAAUGGCAGCAGCAGUCCUACCUGGACUCUGGCAUCCAGUCUGGCGUCAACACCACAGCGCCCUCGCUCAGCGGCAAGGGAAAUCCUGAUGAGGGGGAUGAGACGCGCAUCACCUAUGAGUGGGAGCAGAGCUUCAACCACGGUUUCACUCCCGACAAUGUGGCAGACGUGGAGAGCCAGUUUGCGUCGUCGCGCGCCCAGCGCAUCCGAGCGGCCAUGUUCCCGGAGACGCUGGAGGAGGGCGUCCAGGUGCCGUCGACUCAGUUCGACACGGAGCAGCCGACCAACGUGCAGCGCCUGGCCGAGCCGUCGCAGAUGCUGAAGCAGGCCGUGGUGAACCUCAUCAACUACCAGGACGACGCCGAGGUGGCCACGCGCGCCAUACCCGAGCUCACCAAGCUGCUCAACGAUGACGACCCGGUUGUGAUGGGACAUGCCGCGAUGAUGGUGCACCAGCUGUCAAAGAAGGAAGCUGCCCGCCACGCCAUCAUGGGGUCGACGCAGAUGGUGUCGGCUCUUGUGCGCGCAGCCCAGAACACCAACGACAUGGAGACCGCCCGCUAUGCUGCUGGUGCCCUGCACAACCUCUCUCACCAUCGCCAGGGUCUACUCGCCAUCUUCAAGUCCGGUGGCAUCCCCGCCCUUGUCAAGCUGCUCAGCUGUCCGGUGGAGUCGGUGCUGUUUUACGCCAUCACCACGCUGCACAACCUGCUGCUGCACCAGGAGGGCAGCAAGAUGGCCGUGCGUCUGGCGGGCGGGCUACAGAAGAUGGUGGCCCUGCUGAACAAGGGCAACGUGAAGUUUCUUGCCAUCACCACCGACUGCCUGCAGCUGCUGGCCUAUGGCAACCAGGAGAGCAAGCUGAUCAUCCUUGCCAGUGGGGGCCCCACUGGGUUGGUGCACAUCAUGAGGACCUACAGCUAUGAGAAGCUGCUGUGGACCACCAGCCGGGUGCUGAAAGUGCUGUCCGUGUGCUCCAGUAACAAGCCCGCCAUUGUGGAGGCUGGUGGGAUGCAGGCUCUGGGAAUCCAUCUGACCAGUCCGAGCCAGAGGCUGAUGCAGAACUGCCUGUGGACUCUCCGCAACCUUUCUGAUGCCGCCACGAAGCAGGAGAACAUGGAAGGUCUGCUGCAAUCACUCGUGCAGCUGCUGGGCUCUAACGAUGUGAACGUGGUGACAUGUGGCGCUGGCAUUCUCUCCAACCUCACCUGCAACAACUACCGCAACAAGAUGGUCGUCUGCCAGGUGGGUGGUAUCGAAGCACUGGUACAGACUGUACUGCAGGCGGGUGACCGUGAGGACAUUACUGAACCGGCUGUGUGCGCUCUCCGCCACCUCACAAGCCGCCACCCUGAUGCGGAGUUGGCCCAGAAUGCCGUGCGACUCCACUACGGCCUGCCCAUCACUGUCAAGCUUCUGCAGCCGCCCUCCCGCUGGCCUCUUAUCAAGGCUGUGGUUGGGCUGAUCCGUAACUUGGCACUGCUGCCCGCCAACCACGCCCCGCUUCGGGACCACGGCGCUAUCCCGCGGCUCGUGCAGCUGCUCGUGCGUGCCCACCAGGACACCCAGCGCCAGGGAGUGGCUGCCAAUGGACAGCCGCAGUAUGUGGAUGGCAUUCGCAUGGAGGAGAUAGUCGAGGGCUGCACCGGCGCGCUGCACAUCUUGGCUCGUGACGCGCACAACCGGAGUGUUAUCCGCGGCCUGAACACCGUACCGCUGUUCGUCCAGCUGCUCUACUCGAACAUCGAGAAUAUCCAGCGUGUGGCAGCCGGCGUCCUGUGCGAGCUGGCGCAGGAGAAGGAAGCGGCCGAGACGAUUGAGACCGAGGGAGCAACGGCGCCGCUUACGGAGCUCCUCCACUCGCGCAACGAGGGAGUCGCCACAUACGCUGCCGCGGUGCUGUUCCGGAUGUCGGAGGACAAACCGCAAGACUUCAAGAAGAGGUUGUCGGUGGAACUCACCCACUCACUUUUCCGUGAUGACCCAAACGCGUGGGGUGAGGGUGGCGUAAUGGGCGCUGACCUUCUGCACCAGGGUGACCCGCAGUACCACCAGGACGGCAUGUACGGCAGCCACAGCAGCCUGCAUAGUGGGCCCAGCCCGAUGCAGCAUGGAGGUGGCUACAUGGGGGAGCCUAUGGGUCUCGACCCCAUGAUGGACCACGAUCUGGCAGGGCCUCAUGGCAAUGGGCCCGAGUUCCAUGACAUGCUGCCCGAGCUAGCCCACCCCGGCGGGCCUGACGUGGACAUCGGCCUGGCACCACAUCCCACUGAGAACGGCCACGUCGCCUGGUUCGACUCGGACCUCUAACCACCGCAGCACAGGCAAACUCUGAUCCGUUCAUCCUGUUGACCUUGGAAGGAUCCAUUGAGAUGACCUGAAAGUGCCUCAUCUUCCCCACCCAAAACUUUCCAAAAAAACAAAACAAAUUUGAUCAAUUUUAUUCAUUACACUAGGUUAUUUUUUACGUGCUAUUUUUUGAAUGGCUAUUUUAAGUAGAAGUUUUUUUUGUAAGAACUGUAUUAGAUUUUGCAUCGUACCAAAUCCUCAUUGCCUCGUGGUAGUGCGUGAUCACAAGCUUUCUAAUCCUUAAACACAUUUUGUUAUACUGUAGUAACCUUUUUAAUAUUUGGUAUUAUUGAAUUCAUGACUGGCAUGGUACUCACCUAUUGUGCUGCAUCUGGUGUGUUUUUAGUGUCCUGUACGUGUAGAUGUUGUGCAAUGACCUGGCUUGGUUAAGUGAGACCCAUGGGAAUUGGUCACUUGGCAGCAGAUUAUUGGCACUGAAAAGAGCAGAAUAGUCCAGGAUUGAUUUGUUCACAGCUUAUAGCAGAAAAGGAGGGUGUUCCAAAGUAAACAUUCCACACCUGUGCAGUAACAGAAAAAUACCACAAGUGGGGACGGCAUGUGUGGUGUUAAAUAAAAUAAGCAAUUUCCUUAAUGAGUAGGCUGUUCCAAAACUGCCACUUCAUGACUCAUUCCUAUGGAUAGUCCUCAAAUGCCUUGGGCUUGAGUUGAAGUUGAUGGUUCUUCAAAUUAACAUUUGACUGGCAUACAUUCUGUACAUGACUCAGCCAUCACAGGAAGCGGCGUUUCACUGAAGCCGAUUAUAUAAAUCUGGAGAUGUUAAUUUAUUCAAAAUGUGGCACAUCUUGGAGCAAAGUCAAGUUAAACUUUUUUUAAGAUACAAGGUAUUUUCAAUGAUUGUUUUUACAAUUUAAAUAUCCAUUGCAUCAAACCAUGGAUCUUCAUGUGAUUAAGUGAAUAAUAUGCCGCAGUGUUGACUCCACUUUGUGUGCAUAGCACUACAGUGCUUUGGUUUGCAUACGUGGGAGAAUAUGAACUGCUACGGCAAAUUAACUUGUUUGGAGAUAUUUUUGCCAUAUCACGAGUGGCCGUCGGUAUGGUAAUUAGUUGUGCAGUGUAAUUUCAGAUAGAGUUUGCACCUCUUGACAGUGUGUUCAUUGAAAUGUGUGUACGAUUGACAUUUGGACAGAAUUUUUAGUGGGCUUUAAAAAAUAAUAAACGGUUAACCCACUCCCCAUGAUACGGUUAAAUUGUUUACAUUUGAGUUAGUAAAAAUAAUGCUUUCAGAAUUGACUUUCAACUUGCAUUUUCGAUUUUAAUCAGUUUGUGCUGUUUAAAGGGCCUCUGAUAAACUGAUCUACCUAAGAAUAUGAUCAUCUCCAUUCCUAAAUUUAUAAAAAAAAAAUACCUUGGCACUUUCUUCUUAGUAGUGCAUACACAGCUUUAUAAUGGCGGCAAUAUCGCACAGACGUAAGCCAACGCCACACUAAUCGUAUAGGUGCAUGAUGUUUCCUGGGUAGGAGUCCAGUUGUGUGUUAAUGCCUAUACGAUGAACAUGUCCAGGGUGUGGGCUAAGGAAGUAGUUUUUUAAAAUUUUAAUUGGAUUCUAAUUAUGAACAACCUCAAAUUUUGAACGACUAGAUGAAAGGGCAGAAAUAAAACACGCAUACGUGUUUUUAAUUGGUGGCAAAAGACCGGCAGAAAUUUGGAUUUAUCAAAGUUUACUGUCAUGCUGGUAUCAAAACGUUUGCGGUUUGGUAUUUUGAGAAGGAUUUAUAAUGUGCCGAGGCUUGCUUUAGUAACAUGUAGCAGGAGAUUCCGUUGCAAGUUAUUGUAUGUUGUACAUUGCCUUCUGCAUGGCUUUUGACUUUGUUUUAACCAAUAAAGGAUUCUGUCUCUA